AUGUUUACUCCGAUAGAAUCUGCCAUAGGUGCUUUGUUGAUCCAAUUUUCAACAACAAACUACUAUCAACAGGUUGGUAAGACCAUAGGUUUCUCGUCAUUAAUUUCUGGUGCAAUCAAGUCUCCAUCAAUUGAGAAAAACUUGUCGUUAUUAGCCGGUGUGCUCUUAUCGCCAGUUUUCGUUCACUACUUUUUACCAGAUUUCAUUCCUGUAUUAAAUUUUUCAAUUCCCUUUCCAAGUUUGUUAAACAACACUGUAAAUGGUUACGCACUAUUUUCAUCCGUUGGAUUUUUGGUGGGUCUAGGCACCUCCUUUGGUUGUGGUUGCACCUCUGGUCAUAUGUUGGCUGGAUUGUCAAGAUUGAGAUUUAGAAGUUUUGUUGCAACUUGUGUUUUUGCUUCAAUGGCUAUUUUAACCAACACUGUUUUCAAUUUAAACUACCCUUGUCCAGGAAAUUGCAUCACCCCAGAUUCAUCUAAUUUUGAAAACAAUUCAAAGACCUUGCUAUCUCUAUUAGCCUUUUCAUUUAUCUCAACGUAUUUCAUACUCCCCAAAUUAGCAAAGUCGGCAAAAUCGGCUUCAUGUUCCAAAAAAACAGAUUCAAAAUCAGAUCCAAAUUGCAAUCAAUUAAAUCCUACAUGUCAAAAAAGACUAACUAUUGUUAAUAGUUUAUUUUCUGGUUUCACUUUUGGUCUUGGUUUGAUAAUUUCUGGUAUGACAAAUCCCGCAAAAGUGACUGGUUUCUUAUCAAUCCUCAAGAUAAACCAGGGCUUAUUCGAUCCUUCAUUGAUUAUGAUUAUUCUUUUCACUAUAAUUCCCAAUAUUUUUAUCUGGGAAUCGAUCAAAAAACCACAAUUAAACAACGAGUUUGACGUUGCUAACUCAAAUGAGAUCCCAAUCAAGUUCUUAAUCGGCAACGCUUUAUUCGGUAUUGGCUGGGGUAUCUUAGGUAUUUGUCCAGGCCCAGGUAUCCUUGGUUUGGUUUACAACACAAAAUAUGCUCUUGCCUGGGUAGCAAACUUCUUUCUUGGUUACUCUUCAGCCAAAUUACUCGCCUAA